AUGCCUCUGAGAGUUGUGCCCAGCAUUCUGGGAAAGCGAGGGUUGCGGGAGCUUUACGGCACAACCACCAGACGCACUCCUCUACGAGCUACACAACGAUGCCUGCCUGUUCCUUACGGCUCUCGCUUUUAUGCUACUGUUGAAGAAAACGCUAGGCCCAACGCCACGCCUCCCCCCAAUUUUGAUCCCUCGAAAGCGAAACAACCUUCGAAUACGAAUUCCGCCCCAAUCGGCUCUACAGAGCAAAGAUCUUCUUCUGCUGACGGCUCCACGAAGUCUGAUGCUUCGACCUUGAAUCCGGCCGAUUGGGAAGAAAACCCAGAUCUCAGUAUAUCCAAAUUUUCCGAACUCCCUGGAAAGAACUUUGGGGUCAAUCAACACAUCAUCAUAAAUGAAGAGUUCAAGGAGGCAUUGAGACAAACCUUGUGGAAGUUCCGGGCGCCUAUACGUUACGCCUUUGCCUAUGGCUCAGGUGUAUUUCCACAGAGUGCCAAUAGCAAGGGUGGAAACGGAGCCCUUCACCCUUCCCCCCCGACAGCUAUAUCCAAGGUUCAAGAUGGCAAUCAGAAGAUGAUUGACUUCAUUUUUGGGGUCUCGUAUACACAGCACUGGCAUUCUCUGAAUCUUCAACAGCAUAGAGAUCACUACUCCGCGGUCGGAUCCCUGGGGUCCUAUGCCGUUUCGAAGAUUCAGGAUUCAUUUGGUGCUGGAGUCUAUUUUAACCCGUUUGUGACCGUCAAUGGUACUUUGGUCAAGUAUGGAGUGGUGAAUCUAGACACUCUCUGUAAAGACCUCUCAGAAUGGAACACACUGUACCUUGCGGGUCGAUUGCAGAAGCCUGUCAAGAUUUUGCGAGAUAAUCCGGCUGUGCGUUUAGCGAAUCAGGUCAAUCUAAUUGCUGCUGUACGAACGGCCCUCCUUCUCCUGCCACCCAAUUUUACAGAGAAGGAAUUGUACUCGACAAUCGCCGGCAUUUCGUACAUGGGAGAUCCGAGAAUGUCGAUCGGCGGAGAUGAUCCGCGCAAAGUUAACAACAUUGUCGAUAACCAGCUCCAGAAUUUUCGGCGUCUUUACGCUCCACUAAUCGAUAAUCUACCCAACCUCUCUUUCAACGACUCUGCCUGCUCAAACCGAGACUGGUUUGACGACCCUACUGUCAAUGCUAAGAUUUCACAGAACAUGGACCCAGUCACCAGAGGACACAUGGUUCGGCGUUUGCCAAACGCCUUCCGUGAGAAAUUAUACUUCGAGUACCAGUCUAAAUUUGAGAUUCCAAGGGGAGAGUUCAUGAAGCUGAUGGAGAAGACGAAAGAUGAGGAUCCUGACCGAAUCCGGAGGCGGGAAGGAGGGCCAUUCGAGCAGCGCAUCGCAAAGGACACGGAAGGCGGAGGUCUGCGCGAAGAGGUUCGCCAGGUUAUCGUGAAGACUAUUCGAUGGCCCAGUCUGACCCAAAGCAUAAAGAGCGCUAUUACCGCUGGAAUUGGCAAGAGCUGGCGAUAUGCCAGAGAGAAACGGCAAAAAGCAAAGACCUCAUCCCCUGGACCGUCUGAAGAAGCGACUAAGGAGUGA